AUGACAAAAGAUAUUUACAAGGAAGAUCUGUCAUUAAAAGAUUCUGAAAACUUUGAUGAUCAAACAGUCGUGGUAUAUUCCGGUUUGAUGUCAAUGAUGCGUCUUACAUUUGAUCGAGAUGAGGCUGCUAUGGAAAUCGAUGAGGAAGUUAUAAACGAUUUUGAAGUAGCAAAUGGAGAUACAAAACAAAGUGAAGAAAAAGAUAGCGAGUAUGAAGAAGAAGACAAUGAGAAGAAGUCUGCAACGUCUUACAGAUCAUAUACGGUUUCUCAAAUUGUCGAUUUCAUUGGUUUAAUCGUUGAACAGGUACCGGUAAAAGAUGCUGCAACAAGAAAAGGCAUUAUUCUUUUAACUGCUUAUCGAUAUCGAAAGUUAUGGCAUGAAACUCAAGAUGUUCCUGAGAAAAAAACAAAGGGGUCGAGUUCGAUUUAA